CAGAACAAAUCGAAACAAGAAAUGCAGCUCAAAGAAUCAGGACUGCAGAAAGUCGUGCACAAGAAUCUCAAGAACGGCGUGACGAACGUCUGCAACAGAAUAUUACGAGAACAAGAGCGGCACGAGAACGAAACAUAGCUACAGUACGAGUACUAGGUCGACAAAGGCAACGAAUCAGCCGCUCAUUCACACGUGCAUCAUUCGUUCGGCUUGCCUAUGAAUAUGCACCAGAUAUUAACUACUCAGCGCAUUCAAAAAUUGCUAUCGGUGGAAUGGAUAAAGUAUGUCAAUAUUGUCAGGCAUUGAAAUUUCGGAAUGAAGCAGCCGGCAUGUGCUGCGCAUCAGGAAAAGUUGUACUGUCACCUCUACCCGCUCCGCCGGAGCCUUUAUUAUCUCUUCUUACUGGCAAUUCAGAUGAUUCCAAAUUAUUUUUGCGUAAGAUACGCAAAUUUAAUUCUUGCUUCCAAAUGACAAUUAAAUUUGCGAUCGUGCAUCCGAUGGACGUAAUUUUGAAACUACAUUCAAAAUUCAAGGCCAGGUGUACCAUAAAAUCGGAUCCUUGAUGCCAAUGCCUGAUAACAAUCCGAAAUUUCUUCAAAUUUAUUUUAUGGGCGAUCAUGAAGAGCGCGUGACGACUCGGUGCCUGUAUAAUUUUAUUGAACAAGCAGACGGAAGAGCAAUUGUGAUAUUAUUGGAAAAUUUUUUAGAAGAUCACAAUCAACUAAUUCAAUUGAUCAAAAGAGUUUCGCCACGACUGCAAAAUGACAAUUAUCAAAUCGUCAUAAAAGCCGACAAAGUACCAUUAGGUGAACAUGCUGGUAGAUUCAACGCUCCAACUGUUGAUGAGGUUGCUGUUAUCAUGGUUGGUGAUCUAGUUGACAAAAGAUCUAUAAAAAUUACACGGCGAGACAACACUGUCAGUACGAUUUCGGAUCUACACCGUUCAUAUGACGCACUACAGUAUCCAUUGAUAUUUUGGCAAGGACAAGAUGAAUAUCACCUUAAUAUCAAACAGUAUGAUCUAAAUACCGGUGAUUACAGUAAUAAUGGUUAGACAACAUCAAGACAAUUAUAUCCUUCGAUAUCGUCAGCUGUUCCAUCAAUACAUUGUUGAUAUGUAUGCUAAGGUCGAAAGCGAACGCUUGCGAUUCCUUCGAUUCAACUAGGCAAAACUACGAUCGGAAGAAUAUAUUCACUUACGAGAUGCUGUUGCUGGAAACAUCGAUGGAAAUGUAAAUCUCAAUGACAUCGGUAAUGCAUUCAUUUUACCUUCAAGCUACAUCGGCAGUCCACGGAACAUGCAAGAAUACAUACAAGAUGCGAUGACUUACGUACGUUAUUACGGCCGACCGGAUUUAUUUAUUACAUUCACAUGUAAUCCAAAUUGGGAAGAGAUACAAACUUUACUAUUGCCAGGACAACAAGCCAUUCAUCGCCAUGAUUUAACUGCACGUGUGCUUAAAAAAAAUUUCAUAAUUUCAGCCGAAAUUCCAGACCCAUUAAUUGAUCAAGAAUUAUUUGAUAUUGUCACCAAACACAUGAUCCAUGGGCCAUGCGGUGCUUUCAACAUGACGUCACCGUGCAUGGAAAAUGGAAAAUGUAAAAAAAACUUCCAAAAGCCGCAUACGAAUGACACGAUCAC